CUCUCAAUACAACUUCUCUCAGGCUUGCUUUUGUACAUCCCGAUCGGACGUUCCGUUCUCGCUGAGCCCACUGUUGUGCUGCGGGGACGCCACUGACCACCACCCACUCGCCCGUCUCUCGCCGCAGGGAAAAGCUCGCGACACGCGGAAGGGUACGUGCGGUCUGACGAGGCGGCUCGAGCUCUGUCGCGAGCGCUGUCACCCGUUACGGAGGCAGGUCGAUUGUCGCGUGAGGAGGGGAUGGCGGAGGUAAAAGGCGUUACUCCAACCGGGAUCUCUCCAAUAAUCAUGGAAACCACUAGGAAGGUACCAGUAAUCCGCAAAUCCCUGAAACCAGCAAGACCAUUGCAUCGUUUAUCUACUGAGAUAGAUUCUACAAUAUGUGUUGAUUACUUUCCACCGCUUUUACAUCAAAAUGACGUUUCAUGGAACGAAGAGAACUGGACUAUUUCAAGUGGAUAUGUACAACGGGAAACCAAGUGGAGUAAUAUUCCAUCAUUUAGAAGCAAACAUGAUCUGAAAGAACGACCAAUUGAAAGACGUCAUUCUGGUCAGGGAGAUGGCACAAAGAAGGAUGCAGAGAGGAUAACCUACAGCAGAGAAUUUCUGAUGAAAAUUGCCAGCCUGCCAAUUUCGAAAGAGAAACCUGAGUUUUUGCCAUCUCUUCCUGUGGUGUUAGAGAGGCCUGUAAGUUGUGUACUUUGACAAUACCUCAUCAAAAAAUUUGUCAAUUGCAUUUUCUGUAGCUAUUGCAGAGCAGUAUUUGAAAUGUUGAUCUUUUGUUUCAUAAGAAUGUAAGUUAAAAGAAUGUACCUCAGCUUGUUUGUAAAUUUAUGGUAUGCCAGUUCUUGCAAUCUUUUACAGAAGUAACAGUACACUUCUUGAAACAUUCUGUAGUACAUUUUGAUAGCAAAAAUCAUAAAUAGGAUAUCACAGCUCACUAAAUUCCUACUUUUGACUUAUUAAAUACUUAAUUACCUGUUCAAAAAUUUUUAUUAUUCUCCAUUUUUAACCAACAGUUUCAGCAUGAAAUACUGCGAAGUUAAUAUUUCAGCUCACUGAUUGGAUAGUAAAUGAAAAAUCUUUAGUGAAGACUAACACAAUAAAACUUUGAAUUUUAGUGUAAAAUUAAUGUUGACAAUUACUAAACAUCUAUAGUAAUGUGGGGAUGGAGAAUACUGCAUUUUUAACUCAACACAAACUGUCAGAUAUUGGUAAUAAUAAAGCAUCCGUUAGUCUUGCGAGAUCAUGGAUCUGCGCCUGGAAAGUCUUCACUCUCCAGGGCGCAGGCCUGGGCAAGGUUGUAUGGAAGACCAGCAGUUGCCCAUGCUGCAAGUCUCCCCUCUCCAUGACAUCAAUGUUGUCCAAGGGAAAGGCAUUAGGAUCCAUACAGCUUGGCACCAGUGUCAUCGCAGAGCAAUGUGUGAUUAAGUGCCUUGCUGAAGGACACAACACGUUCCCUCGGCUGGGGCUCGAACUCACGACCUUCAGGUAGCUAGUCCAAUGCCUUAACCACUUGGCCACUUGGCCACGUGCCCACGAUAAGAGGCGAAACAAAAACAUGGAAGAUUUCAGUAGGCUUGUCAAUGUUUUAAUUGCCACCAAAAAUAUUUGUAGAUUCUAUUACAUUUACCCAGUCAUCAGCAAGCAAUGUGGCCAAAUGACAGGAUCAUGGCCUGGGGUCAGGUACUUAAUUGAGCAAGGUAAAUGCACAACAGCAGGUAUUUUGCCAUAAAGAUAAGGGGAUAGGGAAUGCAGAUGUGAGGAGUAAUUGAUUAAGUGACCUGAGGUAAUGACCACUUUUUUCAGUCAGAAGUCUCUUUUGCUUUGGACAUAAAAUUGUAGGUUUUUGCAAAUAAAAUGAUGUGAGCUGUUUGUAAGUUUAAGUAAAAAGUGCAACAACCAUGUUUUUUGAACUGCAAAACCUGAACACAAAACACGCUAAAAAUCCUAAAAAUCAUCAUGUCCGACCAGCCUCUUAAAGUGAAACCCAACUCAACGUCAGUGGUUAUGAGUUAGGUAUAUCUCCACCAAUUACAUAACCCUGCACAGCAUCCUCCCAGAAUUCACUGAAACGGCAUUAUGAGCCUGUUCCGAGCUCGGACGGGCUGCUCUGGCUGGCUGCUCGGCUUGGGUGCUAUGUCCCAUAGGUGAAGGAACAGCAGGUGCCACUGGUCCAUCCAGAGACGUGUUGACAUGUCAUGUCAUGCCAGUAGCAGCAUGGUAGUGAAAUCCUCCAAAUCUCAGUGGGCCAGCUUAAGGAGAUCUACCAAAACACAUUCAGGUUUACCCCUCCUAUCUAUGAUAAAAGUCUUUUCUCUCCAUUUCAAAACAUGGAACGAGCCAUUUUAAGGGGACCUAAGGGGACUUUGGUGUGCAUCAUAGUGGAUGAAAACAAACAAGGCAGAAUGUAAGAAUGUAGGUCAACAGGAACCCAAGAUUGCUGACCUUGGUAGGAAUAGGUGCAAUGGAAUUGAAUUUACUGAUGAGGAUAGAAUGUUGACCAGGUGGUCAUGGCAUCAGGAAUAAAAACACCUGGUACUCAGCUAUGGACGUCUGCAGAUCCUCUUUUGGAGCUGUUCUGAGUCCCAGCUGUACCCACGGGAGAUGAUCACGCAAACACUCAUCCAUCAGGGAAGCCCUCAGAGCAGCUUUUAAGGAACGAUAAAACCGCUUGCAUAGGCCGUUGGACUGCAGAUGAUAUGCUGUGGUGUGAUGUAGCCAAACACCAAAGUUCUGGGCCUUUGUAGCCCGGAGGUCUGAAAUGAACUGCAGACUGCUGUCAGAGGAAAUAUCAGAUG